AUGCCUGAAAUCAAAAGAUGUAACCUAUCAAAUGUUAUUUUGCAUCUUAAGGCUCUAGGCAUUGGUGAUAUUAUUGGAUUUGACUUCAUAGAACAACCAGAUAGGAUUGUUAUCAUCAAGUCGAUGGAGUUGUUAUUCCUGUCAGGUGCUCUAACGGAAGCAAGUAAAUUGUCUUAUCCAGUUGGGCAAAAGAUGGCCAGGCUUCCACCGGAUCCUAUUUAUUCCAAGGCUCUCAUUAUUUUUCGAAUUGCUUUGAGAAGCUUCUCAAGUCCGGAGGCGGAUCAUUUGACUUUGCUGAAUGUAUAUCGUGCUUCUGACGAGUUCUUGCAGAAGAGCAACUUAGUGAAUAGUAAAGAAAAAGCUGAAAAAAAUCUCAGAAAAUGGUGCAAGGAAAAUUUUAUCAAUAGCCGGUCCCUGAAGCAUGCUCGUGACAUCCACAGUCAAAUACGGAGGAAUGCAGAACAAAUGGGUCUCCGUGUCACUUCAUGUGGAGACGAUAUGCUUCCUUUUCGCAGGGCUUUGUCUUACAGUGCAAAUCCAUCCAUCAUCUGUUUUAUUCCGGAUGAAACCAGAGUGCAUACUUUUUGA